AUGACAUCCACUCCAGGGACGAGCUACACCUCGAUUCCAAACCAGAAAUACAGAUGCCGUAACCGUCGCUCCAGACAGCGCUGCAACACCUUGGACACAGAUUCCCAAUCUCUGUCAACACUUGGGUAUUUUCAAACCCUUCCAUUAGAGAUCUUUCAAAUGGUAUUGAAUUAUCUUUCAGUGAAGGAUAUCAGCAUGCUGAGCAUGGUGUCGAAAACCAUCAGCAACCGCCUUGUUAAUUACAUCUCAACCCCAUCAGGAAACCGAAGGCUCUUAUUGCAAGACUUUCAUAACCUUGAGCUACCUGGCAAGAGAGAAGGAUCCUAUAUUUUAGAGCACUACAAAUCUCUAGGAUUGUUGCUUAAAAGAUGCACACUUCUAUUGCCUACAAAAGAUAGGCUAAAGUAUAUACACAAGAUUCUCUCAGAAGUUUCCUGUUUUAAACUUAAUGGUUGUCCAAGUCCUUUGCAUUGUUUAGGAUUACAGUGCUAUGGGGUAUUUUUACAGAUCCUAACAGCAGGCUGGGAUGAACUAGAGUGUCACCGAGUUUUUAACUUCCUUUGUGAGCUGAGCAAUUUACCCCGUAAAGUACAGACAGUUGUCAGCAGCAAACCGGGAAGUGCCCGAAAGUUAGAGCUGCGGAUAAGGUUAUACUGUCGUAGCGUCUUGUUGAACCACUGGAUUCAUCGAAGUGAUUCUGCAUUUUGGUUGACUCGUAUUUUAAAGCCAUGGCCCAUGGUCAAUCAAGCUCGCCUGCUGUAUAUCAUCUUUGGGCCAGUGUCCUCUCUUGAUGGACAUGUGGUUUGGCAGAAAAUGAUAGAAGGACCAACAGAUGAGACCAGUCUGAAAGGUCUAGCAGAUGCAAUUAAACUGCUGUAUGAUACAGAAGCUAGAGAAUGGACAGCAGAUGAUGUUAUCAGUCUUGUGGAUGAGCUGUCAGUUGUUCCCCGGGAGUGGCUCAUGGAGAACAAUGCUCGCUUUCUGAUUCUGAGUGGAAACAACAUUUGCUUCACUUUCAUGGCCAGUAAAGCUGUGAAUGGGAGAGCUGUCGAGUUAGCCAGAUUCACAGUCUUCCUGGCUUUGGUCUGUGAGAAGGACCUGUACUGCAUGGACUGGGCAGUAAAAAUGAUGCAGAAGGUCUGCAAAGUUUUCAGCACUCCAGGGGAGAGAAACAACUUUCUGCAGUGUGUGGAGAAUGCCUUCGCUCACAUGAUCAUGGACAUGCUACAGGCAGUACUGUCCGGGGAUCGUGAUGAAGAGGACAGCAGCUUUUUGAAUUUGUUUCACCUCGUAAAUGCACAAGCGAACUUCCAUAAAGAAAUCCUGUACCUGACCAUGAGAAGCAACAGCAACACCAUUUGAUGCUCUGAAUUUUACCAACUCUUGCUCUACUCCUGCUGGAUUUUUUCUUUUUUUUUUUUUUUUAAAAAACAUUUGCAAAGCAGCGUCCAAUUAUUUCUUAAAUUUCCAUUCCAGUAAGAGCUGGAGUGGCAGCAGGAGAAGCUAGUGACAUACAUGUCAGACCAGCUGAAUGAGCUCAUGGAA